CGGAAAACGAGGAAAUAAGAGUAAAUGAAAAGCUUUGGUGUCCAUGUCUCGCUUCUCCCUGCUCCUCCUUGUAAACAAUCCAACAUGUCUUCCGGACGUGGCAAGCGGGAGGCGGAGAAUGGCCGGUGUAACAUCAACGUGGUGCAGCUGGAGGGCCUGGCCCUCAUGAAGAUCAUCAAGCACUGCCAUGAGGAGGGUGCCGGCAACACGGAAGUGGCCCAAGGGGUGCUGCUUGGCUUGGUGGUGGAUGAACGCCUUGAGAUCACCAACUGCUUCCCCUUCCCCCGCCAUGCCGAUGAUGUGGACGAGGAGGACUACCAGCUGGAGAUGAUGCGCCACCUCCGUAAGGUGAACGUGGACCACCUGAGUGUGGGCUGGUACCAGAGCACCCAGCUGGGCAACUUCAUCACCACACAGUUGCUUGAGUCCCAGUUCUCCUACCAGACCAGCAUCGAGGAGUCAGUUGUCCUCAUCUAUGACCCCAUAAAGACAGCACGAGGAUUCCUGUCCAUCAAGGCUUACCGACUGACCCCCGAGGCCAUCAGCAUUGUGCAGGAGCGUGACUACACCCCCGAGGCCCUCAAGAAGGGACGCCUCGGCUUUGAGUCCCUCUUCCAGGAGAUCCGCCUCGUCAUCAAGAACUCCCACCUUGUGAAUACCCUCCUCACAGAACUCUUUGAGUUGAUGCCCGGGAGUGAGGGGAAGCAGUUUCUGGACCUUGGCACCAUGUCGACGCUGGACCGCCAGUUGCGUUGCCUCAUGGAGAACGUGGACGACCUCAGCCAGGAGGCCAACAAAUUCAACAACUUCCAGCGCCAGAAUGCCAAGCAGUUGCAGGACAAGCACAAAUUCAUGCAGAAAAGAGCUGCCGAGAAUGCCCAGCGACAGGCCCGGGGUGAGCCUGCGCUGCCUGAAGAAGACAUCAGCAAGCAGUUUAAGCCUAUUGCCCCGUUGCCGAGGCUGGAUGCCAUGAUAACCUCGGGACAGAUUUACAACUACUGCAAACAGAUAUCUCAGUUUUGCAGUCAGUCUUUAGGGAAACUGUACGUAGCUAAGGCACUGCAGCAAGAGAAGAAGUAGAGCUGGAGUUUUGUGUUGUGUAUGUAAUGACAUUGACAUUAAAAUUAUGCCAAUUGAAUCAUCCCUUUCUAUGACUAAUAAAAUUAUCUAUAACUAA